GGGGGCGGUGUGACGCUUAAAGCUGGUUGAUCCGCCAGACACUGACAGAAGAAGAAGAAGAAGAGGCGGGACCGUCAUCAUCAUGGCGGGACGGAUGAACACGAGGAAGCUCUGCUCCUCUGGAGGGACUCUGUCUGUCCUCUCUGUCCUCUCUGUCCUGCUGCUCUGUCUCCCUCCGGCCUCCGGACAACAGGACACCGGUAACAAACAUCCAGUAACGGAUCUCCAGGAUGGAGAGGAGUACGUCAUGUCAGGGUCCAACAGGUUCUGUUACAAGAACUCUGUGGUGCCGACUUGGAGGCAAACAUGGACCAGAGUUCAGGUCAAAGUGUGGAGUUCGACGGUGUUCAAGGUGGAGACUGUGGAGGGGGAGGAGGAGCUGGAUCGCUUCAGUGUCUGGAGCUGGUUUCAGAGUUUGUUACGUGAGCGGCUCAAUGAAACCACCAUUAACAUCCAUCUGUACAGCAAGAAGACGUGCUUCAGGAUCGACCCUGCUGACAGAACUAAGUACUUCGUCAGGCCUCUUCGUAAGUUUGACAUCUAUCUGUUUCUGGUGUUCCUCGCUGGAGCGUCGUUGUUCCUGUUUGCAAGAUCACUCAGCAGGAGUCAACUUUUCUUCUACUCUGCUGGUAUGAGCACAGGCAUGAUCGCCUCUCUCAUUAUUGUCUUCUUCAUUUUGGCACGCUUUUUGCCGAAGAAAAGCCCUUUUUAUGUGUUGGUGGUGGGCGGCUGGUCGUUCUCUGUGUACGCCAUCCAGCUGGUCUUCAGGAACCUCAGCGUGAUUCUACGAGAACACUGGAACGUGGCGUUAGGGUAUGUCACCGUGGUUGGAUUCAUCACCUUCGCCGUUUGUUACCGUUACGGUCCUCUGACGAAUGAGAAGAACAUCAACAUCUUGUCGUGGACGCUGCAGCUGUUCGGCCUCCUCCUGGUUUAUUUCGGGAUUCAGAUUCAGCAGGUGUCCUUCGCCAUCAUCGUAGCAGCUCUGUUCUCCAAACAUCUGGAGUACCCGGUGUCUCUGACAGCUGCUGUGUGGAGGAGAAUCAGAAGGACUGUUCGUUGGAAGCUGGAGCCCCGUCGCCUGCUGACUGAGGAGGAGUAUCAGAAGCAAGGCGAGGAAGAGACUCUGCGAGCUCUGGAGGAGCUGAGGAAGCACUGCAACAGCCCCGAGUUCAGCCCGUGGAAGGCCGUGUCCCGGCUUCAGUCCCCGCAAAGGUUUGCUGAUUUCGUUGAAGGGUCUCCUCACUUGAUGUCCAACGAGGCGUCUGUCCACGCGCAGGAAUACGGCUUCGGAGGAUCUUUUUUUGAGGAUGAAUUUUUUGACACGGACGACGAGGGGGAGGAAGAGCUGACGAUGAAACCGGAGUGAGACGGCACCCUGUUUAAGAGACGAAUAUGAAAAUAGAGACAACGAUAUUAUUGCCUUUCAGAGAGGUGGCCGGAGGACGUCUCUCCGUGGAGGACGUCUCUCCGUGGAGGACGUCUCUCCGGACGGACUUUUGAGUGAUCAUUGCGGAGGCCGCAUUAAGAAAAUGUCGCCAUGUGUCCGGGCUCUCAACGAAGAGCCGGCAGAACAGUGUGGUCACAUCUGUUAAAGUAAUGUCGUUUCAGAGGACGUGCACUAAUGCCAGAUCUCCUAAAGGUCUCUGUUAAAGGUUCUGCUGUUUCUCAGUGAAGGUCAAAGGUCAAAGAGAUUGGAAGUUUGUGUUCUUUAGCUUAGAAAAGGUUUUUACGUUUUAAUUUACAAAACAUGUUCACAGGCUCCAGUUCUCAAUGAGCCUCCAGACUACAUGUACAGUACUCCAUGCAGACUACAUGUGCAGUACUCCAUGCAGACUACAUGUACAGUACUCCAUGCAGACUACAUGUACAGUACUCCAUGCAGACUACAUGUACAGUACUCCAUGCAGACUACAUGUACAGUACUCCAUGCAGACUACAUGUACAGUACUCCAUGCAGACUACAUGUACAGUACUCCAUGCAGACUACAUGUACAGUACACCAUGCAGACUACAUGUACAGUACUCCAUGCAGACUACAUGUGCAGUACACCAUGCAGACUACAUGUGCAGUACACCAUGCAGACUACAUGUACAGUACUCCAUGCAGACUACAUGUACAGUACUCCAUGUAGACUACAUGUACAGUACACCA